UUUCUAUUUUGAAAUAUUAAAGAUAGGUUGGAGAUGCCCUUCCUCAUAUACUAAAACCUAACCAAGCAGCUGAUCAGGUGCGCAGCUACGGCCUAUACGGUAUACACCAAUGGAACAAACACUCAACGUAGCAAUUUUUCCAGUUCCAGGAAUGGGUCACCUCAUCCCGCUCGGCGAGUUCGCCAAGCGACUCGUCCUCACCCACAACUUCUCAGUCACCUUCAUCGUCCCAACCCCCGGCCCUCUCUCCGCCGGCCCGAAAUCGUUCCUCGACUCCCUUCCCACCCGCAUAAACCACGUCCUUCUCCCUCCCGUUAACUUGGACGAUUUGUCCAGCGACGUCCACGCCGAGACGGCCAUCGCCCUCACCGUGUCCCGCUCUCUCCCCUCUCUCCGCGACGUUUUGAAAUCAUUGGUUUCCAGUUCUCGGGUUGUUGCUCUUGUGGUUGAUCUUUUUGCCACCGAUGCGUUCCACGUCGCAGCCGAACUCGGCAUCGCUCCUUAUAUUUUCUUCGCGUCCACGGCCAUGACUUUAUCACUGUUCCUUUAUUUGCCAAAGCUCCAUGAAUCCGUGUCUUGCGAGUAUAGAGAUUUAGCCGAACUGGUUCAAAUCCCGGGUUGCACACCGGUUCACGGGAAGGAUUUGUUAGACCCAGUACAAGACAGGAAGAAUGAUGCAUACAAACGGCUUCUUCACAUCGCAAAACAGUACAGUUUGGCCGAGGGUAUUAUUGUCAAUAGCUUUAGGGCAUUGGAAGGUGGGGCCAUCAAGGCUUUGCAAGAGGAAGAAUCCGGUAAGCCGCCUGUUUAUCCAAUCGGACCGCUCGUACAGAUGGGUGUGCCUGAUGACGGGUCGGAGUGUUUGAGAUGGUUGGAUGACCAGCCACGUGGCUCCGUCUUGUUCAUCGCCUUUGGUAGUCUCGGGACCCUCUCAUUUGAUCAACUCACUGAGUUAGCCUUUGGUUUGGAAAUGAGUGAACAGAGAUUCCUAUGGGUCGUUAGGAGUCCAAAUGAUAAGGUUGAACUUUCUGGUGUUAAUGACCAGAAUGACCCAUCGGACUUCUUACCAAACGAGUUUUUAGAUAGAACCAAAGGGUUUGGUCUAGUGGUGCCAUCUUGGGCACCACAAGCUCAAAUUCUUAGCCAUGGUUCGACCGGUGGAUUUUUAACCCAUUGUGGUUGGAACUCUACACUCGAGAGUGUAGUCAACGGUGUUCCGUUGAUUGCUUGGCCUCUUUAUGCAGAACAAAAUAUGAAUGCUGUGAUAUUAAUUGAAGAUUUAAAAGUAGCAGUGAGGCCGAAAGUUAGAGAAAAUGGAAUAAUUGGGCGAAAUGAGAUUGCGAAAGUUGUGAAGGGUCUAAUGGAAGGAGAAGAAGGAAAUGCGAUUCGUAGCCGAAUGAAAGGCCUAAAAGACGCCGCUGGAAUGGUGCUAAGUGAAGACGGAGAUUCGACAAAAUCACUUACCGAGUUGGCUCAGAAAUGGAAGAAUAAGAUUUUGAAUUAGGUACCAUCUACCAUGGUUUCCCCUGCCUUGUGCUUUUGCUUUCUUUUUUCUUUUUUCUUUUUUUUUUUUCUUUCUAUUCAUGUGUCAUACCCAAAGGUUUUACAGUACUUGUUUGCUUGUUUACUCUUCUGCUGCUGAAGUUCCAAUUCGUUUUGUUUUGAACCCUUUUACCUUUAAUGUUUCAGUUAUAAUAGAGUCCUGUUAUAUGGGACAAUCAAUUUUCGUA